CCCAGAUCCUCCACUGUCCCCUCCUCCAAACCCAAUUUCCGCCUUAAAAAGCAAACCGACUCUCUCUCUUUCUCUCUCUCUAUUAUCCAUCUCGUUCCAGCAAAUUCCCAUCCUCUCUCUCCCCCGUCCGAAGAUUCUCUCUGUCUCCGUCUCUGUCUCUGAGAAGCUCGACGAUGUUGAGGAUGGCUCGGUCGCCCUCCCCGUCCCUGGCCCUCCCCAGGACCUCCUCCCGCCUCCUCGCCCUCCGCGCCCACUCCAGCCACUCCUCCUCCUCCCCCUCCCCGGACGCCGCCGGGGACUCCGCCGACCCGCUCCUCCGGAAGCUGGAGGACGUCAUCCACCACCUCAUCGUCCGCCGAUCCGAGCCCGACUGGCUCCCCUUCCGCCCCGGCUCCUCCUACUGGGUCCCGCGCUCCAAGUCCCGCGGCAUCGCCCAGCUCAUCGGCAAGCUCGCCUCCUCCUCCUCUUCCUCCUCCUCCUCCUCCCCCUACGGCGACCCCUUCCUCUCCUCCUCCUCCUCCGCCGCCGCCGCCGCCCCCCACGGCUGGCCCUCCUCCUCCUUCUUCAUCCACGGUGAUUCCCUCCCGCCCCUCUUAGGUUUUGGAUUUGAUUACUUGCUUGCCUUCUUCGAUUCCGUUGCGCAAGGAUCCGCGACGCGCGAUUGCACGCUUCCCUCUGCUUAUCCCGAGGAAGCCCUGCAGACGCCGGAUGGCGAAUCUCAGUCUGAGGAUGAGGAAGGGUGAAGCCACUGCAUCCCCGCUUUUGAAGCUCGCGCCGUGGGUGACGCAGCCUCUCCUUUCUCUGGGAACUUGAGGAAGUCCAAAGGAUGCUGAUGUAUCAACUGACGGACAGGCAAAGUGGUCAGAGGGGAGCUUGUACAGAUGAUCUGGUUAAUAGCUAGUGAAAGGCAGCGUAGUUUCUGCGAGACUGCUCAUCGCCAAGCAAAAUGUGUUGUUCUUCUUUGUACUGCUAUUUAGUCGUGUAAGAUCUUUUUUUUCACAAGGUUUGUACAUAACGUUAAAUAUUUUCUUCCAGUGAGAACCAAUAAGUCUAAUUUAUACGCAAUGUUAAUGUUUAUGUGGAUUUAGCUCA